CCGACCACAACGGUAUAAGUACCGCCAUCGUCGCAUUAUAUUAAAUUUUUACAUUAUUUAGAAUGGGGUCUUUGCAGCUUCUCUCGUUAACGGUGGGUUUUACAAUCAGCUGGACACUGACUUUUGCAGCUGCUACCACUAAGCCAUCAAAGUGCGAAUGCUGGGAUAUAGAGGUGAAAGACACACUGGCCCAUGUAUGCGGAACCGAUGGAAAACAGCAUCAGGGUCCGUGUUGGGCUGAAUGCUCAAGUGUUGUCCCGGCGUAUUACGGAAACUGCACGUCCAAAGUAAAACUCAGCCCGAGUUGCAAGAAAUGCAACGAUACAUACGAUCCAGUUUGUGCCACUGACGGGAUCAAUUAUAACAAUCCGUGCUCCGCCCGCUGUGCCGGAGUUGAAAUCGUCAGCUAUGGUCCUUGCUCGAAUCAAAAGAACGCCGAUAUUAAAUGUAUGUGUCCAAAGAAAGUCAAUCUAACCGAUGCCGUAUGUGGAGCGGAUGGCGAAACUUACGGAAACGAAUGCUACGCAAAGUGUAAAGGCACUACGGUGAAAAGCGUUGGUCGGUGCCCUUUUCCCAAACUGGCGUCCUGCAUGUGCGGCUUCGAUGAUCGAAAGAUCGUCUGUGGACAGCAGCGCCGGGAAUUUUCCAAUUUAUGCUUUGCUGCUUGUGGAAAAUCCGCCCCCAUUCACUACGGAGACUGUUUGGGAGUUCCUCGGAUGGUUACAAAUAACUGGAUGCGAUGGGCAUCUUACUCUGUAUGCGGAGCUAACGGGAAGGAAUACGGCAAUAUGUGUCAGGCAAAUUGCAAAAGUCAUGAAGAUUCAGAGCCAAAUUUAUUCCGAAUGUGGCGGAAAAAAUAGGACAUUAUGGUAACAGAAUAUCUUACUAGAAUCCGUGGAAGGUGUUAAAAAAACGUACAAUUCAUGCAAAUGGAUGGAUUUUCUAGAGUACACCUUUUCGGUGCUCGUAACAGGUGCAACUGCAGAAAAAUCUUAUUUUGUGGUUUAUCUUUGUAUGUUAAUUUUGUGAAUUGUGCAUCUGCAUACUCAAUAUCUUGGUCAAUUCUUUUUGCAAGCUCAUAAUAAACUUGCUUUUGCGCUUUCAUAACCAUUCUGUGUUUUACAUAAUU